UAUUGACCAAACAAAUAAAGUUUCAUAGUGCACUAUAAUUAUAAGGAGUUGCGUGUGGAUGUUUACUAAUGUAAUGUUUAUUCACUUCAGUGUGAGUUACGAUUUAUGAUAAUGACUUGGUAACGAGCGUUAAGUUUUACGUCAAAUUAACCUAUGCCUAUGACUCAAUACCGAGAAUAAACAAUGGAAACUCGGUGCGUUGGGUGGCUAUGUAUACUAGUGGUCGUGAUGUGCCUGCGCGUCGGCGUGGGCGACCGCGGUGACUACAUCGGCUGCUACCGGCUGAAGGUGGACGACAUCCUCAACACGCACACCGGGCAGUCCGUGGACGUGUGCCUGUCGGCCUGCGAGCAGGUCUACUACAAAUACGCGCUCAUCGGCAACGAAUCUACUUGCUUCUGCAGCAACUCACCCGGCACCUUCAAGCUUCCGUUAGACACCUGUGACUCGCCGUGUCCUAAAAACGAGACUCAAAAAUGUGGAGGUGUUAAUGCUGCGAGCGUAUACGACACCGAGGUGGUCGCGCCAGGCCCGCCGGAACCCGUCAACGUCACCAGAGUCACCGAGACCACCAUUAGAAUAACUUGGAAACAGCCUGAUGCCCAUUCUGAUAUUACAGGGUAUGUUAUAAAAGCUGAUGUUGUGACAACUUAUGCUGAAAAUCCUUCCAGCUCUCCAGAAUGGAGGGUACCUAACAAUACAUUCAGUUUGGAACUACCUAACUUAUAUCCCGGCUCAAGCUACAUUAUCAGUGUGGCAGGAGUAAAUGAUGAUGAUGAGGGCCCUCCUGCUACAGCUAGAGCAGAAACUAUAAUUGGAACACCAGAUCCAAGUCCUCCUGAUAUAAUAGUUAAAGAAAGACGAGGGGACCAGAUGUUGGUACAUAUUCCUGAAGCUAAAAAUGUAAAUGGGCCAGUCUCCAUGUACAGAGUGGUGGUGUCCAUUGAGCUGUACCAGCAAGGGUUCCUUGUUGAUAACCUCGGCAAUUACUCCUAUGCCCAGAGCAUGGACCUGCCUUACUACAUCACAGCUGAGUUAGACCCUGAUGACAUUAAAGCUGAUUUUGUUAUAGGAGAUGGACACACUUACAAUGGCUUUCAGAAUGUCCCAUUGCUGUUGGUCAGUGAUAUUGAUGUAUCUCUCGGCGUAGUAAGUGAGAAAAAUCAUGUCAGAAAAAUGAGGUAUGCUGAGUCUACCAAGAAAAUAAUACUGAACAUAAAUGAGCCGGAAGAUGUCAACCCAAUGGUAGUAGCCUUAGGGGCCGGUAUAGCUAUUGGGGUAGUCCUCUUGCUAAUCGGAGUUGGUAUGCUCAUAGUUUUAAGGAAAAGAAUUCAUUUGGUUCGAAUGCAGAGAGGUUCACAGUCAAUGCCGCUUAGUCUUAGUGAGCCAUGUAUAGAAAUUGAAAACUCUGGCUUUCUACAAGAUGAGGUUGAGAAAAUAGACUACUAUGGAAAUUUAAAAAGAAAAUUAUGGAACAUACCAAGGAAUCUGAUUGAUAUAGAUAUUUCUUGUGUUGUUGGUUUGGGAAGCUAUGGGAAGUUCACAAAGGCUAAAGUCCAACAGCACGGAGGACAGACUUCAGGGCUGGUGCAGGUCAUCAGUGACAGGGAAAUGGAGAAACCGGACAAGAAGCUUAUGCUACAGGAGCUAGACCUCCUUAUCAAGACUAGUGAACAUGAAAAUGUAAUCUCCCUUAUUGGGAUUAGUGAAACUAACACAACACUAUUUGUUGUACUCCAAGAUAGUAAAUACACUUUGAAAGAAAUGCUUUUACAAAGUAGACAGAGGGAUUUGCAGAACAAUAAAUUCUGCCUCAUCACUGAGAAUAAACUGCUUCAGCUUUGUGCUGAUAUUGCAGCAGGAAUGGAGUACCUCCACAGCAAGUCAGUGACGCACAAACGGCUAAACUGUCGCAACAUUGUGAUUGGCGAAUCAGGAGCCGCAAAAGUGUCUGGCUUUGGUUUAUCGCACAUCAGGCCGCUACAUGAAACCCCAGACUACACACGAUGGACAGCGUGCGAGAUGUUACGACAGACGAGAUUUAACCCUAAAGCAGAUGUCUGGUCGUUUGGGUGCCUUAUGUGGGAAGCGCUAACGUUAGGCGCAACGCCAUACGCGAGUACGCCAAACAAGGACGUGGCUCCUCGAGUGUUGCGCGGCAUGCGCGCCAGCCAGCCGUCGUACGUCGGCGACGAACUGUUCCACCUGUGUCUGCAGUGCUGGCAGGUAGACCCGGAUGAGCGGCCCACCUUCUCGACGUUGCUUGACGAGCUCCUGCCGCUAUCGGAAGCCGCCGGAACUCGAAGUCUCAGCUUCACACACUAUAACGGAUUCGAAUACGAACCGCACGUACCACAGUACGAAAUAGCUUAGACUUUCUGCAGUUAUCACCAUAACGCUCACCAAGCAACCAGUUUAAGUCUGAUCUCUGAUUACGUAUAGUUGUUACGAAUCGUGGGGUCAAAAUAUAUUAGAAAUAGUAGAUAUGAUAUGUGUGCACUAGGUAGCUGUUGUGACUUAAGAAUCUCAUUUGAUUCUCAAAUUGUAGGACAAUAUUUAUGUAGGCAACUUUGUAUCCAAAGAUUAAGACAGCUUUAGGCAGCCCCUUCAUUAUUGUUCAUUUUUUGUGUAAUGAAAGUGACCUUAUCUUUUAACUGAGUAAUUUGAGAGGAACGGUGUUCUUACAUGACAUGAGAAUCUAUUUUUGUUACCUUUAAGUUUAGAUUAAGCAACUCAUUAACGACAGUGGGAAAACCUUACAUUCAAAUGUCAUUAUAGUAAAGUUAGUUUAGUAAACUCCAUUAUAGUAAAGUUUGGUACAGUCAGCGUCAAAUACUUUGUAGCAACCAAAGUAGCCAAAUAGUUCGGUACACCAUAUAUUUAGUAUGGUGUACCGAACUAUUUGGCCACUUUGACUGCUACAAAGUAUUUGACGCUGACUGUACCUUGUAGGUGCAAAAAAGUAUACAUAUUUAUGAUAAUGAUAAUUGUGAUUAUCUUGGAGGAAGUCUUUUUGAUAAAAACAUAUCAAAUGAUUUACCACAAGAAUCUCAUUAGCAUUUUGCUGUCAAUUGGUUAAUUAAGAUUAACAAUAUUAACAUGUAAAGUGUACUACACAUAUGAUGACCUAUAAUUGUUAGUUAUGUAAUUGUAUAUAGUUUUAUCAGAAUUCAAUAAUUUAGAUGUUUAGGAAAUAGGUUUAUAAGAGUGUUGGCAACAUUGACAAUAUUCAUGUAUAAAUGUUUUAUUUAUAUAUAUUUAUCUUCUCAUAAUAGGUAUAGAGGUUCUUACGUUCAUUACUUUCUGCUGACAGGGACAGAAAAAGGAAUAUGUCCUUUCCCUGUCCCUCUGGAGAAGGAUAUAACCCCUGUAUAUUGUAACAACAAGUCAGCAUCAAAUUAUAGUGACGAUGACGGCCAAAGUGCUCAAAUAUAUACGUACAUAUCCUUACGUCAAUAGUAACAAUGUUGACCGUACAUCUGUAUUGUAUUGUAGCACGACGGGAAGAGGCCUACCAGGAACCUCGUUCGACGUGGUGCCUCCCUGUCACACUUACGUACGAAUUUACAAGUACGACAGAGAGACAACACGUCGAAUGUAGUCCGCGGUACGCCUUCUGAUUCCCACGCCUGGACGACUGUAUUCCGUGAAGUUGUACGGUCGAGUUCACAAACAUCUUUGCCGACGUUCCAAAAAUGACACGGACCUUAUUGUCAAUAUAUAUUUUUGGAACGUUGGCUUGUAAAGAUGUUUCUGAGCUCGACCGCACAUUUGUACCUUUUCUAUUGAAUUUAAUUUGGCGACUGAUGUCCAAUUGUCGGUGUAAAAGCGAUAGGGGUCUAUUUAUAGCCCUUUUAGGCACUGGUUAGCAAUCAUUGUAUUGGGUCGCGUGCUACCAACGCUCUGAAAUAGACCCACGCAAUGAAUCAAACAAUAUUUAUGAAUCGAACUUUUUUUAUCAAAGUAAAAUAGAUGUGACAAAAGGUGCAUUCGUAAGGUCAUGCUUAAGUCGCAUUUAUCGUAGCGUCUAUCACACAUAAUAACCUAUCUGAAGAACGACAUAUUUAUGUACCUACAGUUAUCUCUGCAGUUUACUGUACUUAUAUAAUGUGUGUAGAAAUAGUUAAAUGAAAUAAGUUGUUUGUUAAGUGCAAUGAAGUCAGAUGUUGUCAAUGUGUACAAUAUGUAUUUACUAUUAUCAACAAAAAUGUACCCAUAUGCAGGUAUUAUUAGCACUGUAAUAAUAACUGUACUUAGCUUAAGGCUGUGUAUUUAUUUACAAACUAUGUAUUUACUUACAUCAUGAUUUGUAUAUUAUGCUUGUACGUUUUUAUCUAUUACCAGAGAAUAGUAAAUAAAAAGGACUGCCAAUCUCCAUACAAAGUAGAGUUCUUUAGGAUUGUUGUAGAUGGCACCACAUUGGCGACAUCGCCAUAUCCUAUUUUGGCCUUAUGACCUCUCUCUCUUUAAUAUAAUGCUAACUAACUAGAUGGGGAUACUGUGUUAAACCGCGGUCAAGGUGUCAUACAAACCGUCGGAGACCAUAAGUGGCGCCAUCUACAACAAUGACGAGGAAUGAGACUUUAUAUGCAGGCUUAGCACAGAAGCAACACGUACAACAGUAUCCCGCCCGCGAGAUAGACUACCCGUCCCUCUUUACCUAAUACAGUUAUAGUCGCUGUAAAUUAAGAAAUAAAUUUUAAGUUAUGAAUUGAUCCUUAUAUUUACGAAGAUACCGCGCGCAAGUGAUAGCCUUAGUGUCAUCUAUAUUAGGGUCAAUUCACCACUGUCAAAACUUCUUAACUUACACCGAGUAUAGGUAGUAAAAGAUGGGUAGUAUAUUUCGCGCGCAAGGUACUGUCGCGCCGCUUCUGUGCUAGUCUAGUUCUAAUGGGCGACAUCAGUCUAUUAUAUUAUUUACUUUUCUUAUGUUUACAUUCCAUCCAUUGUUAAAUUUUAGAUCUCAAUUUUCUCGAAGACAGCUUAGCUCAAGACCAAUAAGGCACAUUUUGUACUUUUUUUUAAUAUACAUUUAUUAUUAAA